GAACGCCGGCGGGGGCAGAGGAGUCGCUGCCUGAGAUCCUCACAGUCGCGUUCCCGAGAGGUACAUCUUUGGCCAGCGGCGCCGUCGACCCGGGGGCCAUCCUGAGGGGUAUGACCCCUGAGACGGAUAGGGCUGCCCUCGGGGCCUAUAAUGAUGCGGCCCUCGAGGACCACAUUCUCCGCUCCUCCCUCUCUGCUUGCUUAGCCCUCGGCGAACAGGCUCGGAGGCUUCAAGAAUGGCGCCUCCACAGAGCGGAGCAAGACGCCAGAAUGAGGGAGUGCCUCCUCAAGAACCAAGAGGCGGUGAAGCUGG